GAAAGAAAAGAGGGGGGGAAAUCCCACCCACCCUCAUCUGCUGCGGAAUAAAAGAAAUAUCGUCGGGCGCGACGCCAUGUGAGCGGCGGGCUGGGACCGGGCGGAGCAGCCGAGCCCCGGGACAGCGGGGACAGCCCCGAGCGGAGCCGCCGCAUGGUGGAGAACCCCAGUCUGGCGGGCAGACCCGCCCUGGCGGCCGCCCCGCCGCGGGGCCCGGGGGCGGCGGGGGGGCUGCGCUUGGCGGCGGUGAUGGAGAGCUUGCAGCGGCAGCAGGCGGCACGCCUGGCCCGCGGCCCCGACGGCCCCCGACGGCCCCCGGCGGAGCCCGGUCCCUGUCCCGGUCCGUGCCCCGGUCCCCGCCGCCGCCCGCCGCCUGCCGCCGCGGGGGGGGAGGGCGAGGAGGAGGAGGAGGAGGAGGAAGAGGAGGAGGAAGAAGAAGGGGAGCCCCGCGAGCCGCUGCCCCCCCCGCACCACGAGUGGACCUACGAGGAGCAGUUCAAGCAGCUCUAUGAACUGGACGAGGACCCGAAACGCAAGGAGUUCCUGGAUGAUCUCUUUGGCUUCAUGCAGAAGAGAGGGACACCCGUGAACCGCAUCCCCAUCAUGGCCAAGCAAGUGCUGGACUUGUACACACUGUACCGACUGGUGACAGACAAGGGUGGCCUGGUCGAAGUCAUCAACAAGAAGAUCUGGCGAGAGAUCACCAAGGGCCUCAACCUACCUACCUCCAUCACCAGCGCUGCCUUCACCCUCCGCACGCAAUACAUGAAGUACCUGUAUCCCUAUGAAUGUGAGAAGCGGGCACUCAGCUCUCCUGGGGAGCUCCAAGCUGCCAUCGACAGCAACCGUCGGGAGGGACGGAGGCAGACUUUUGGCACGGCACUCUUCAACUACUCACCAAGUGGCACCCCAACCCUGUUGGGCUCCCCCAAAAUGCCUCUGCCAGCUCUUAGCAUCUCCACACACAGCUGUGGCCAGCUUGGACAGGUGCACACCGUUAAGAAAGAGGAUGGCGUCCUGGCAGCAGCAGUGCCAGGGCGCAUCGCUAUCCCAGUGGGACUGGCCGGCCACCAUCUCGCAGCAGCCCAGGCAGCAGCCGCUUCGCAAGCAGCAGUGCUGGAGCAGCUGCGGGAGAAGCUGGAGACAGGGGAGCCUCCAGAGAAGAAGGUGGCUCUGACGGCAGAGGAGCAGCAACGGCUGGUGCAACAUGCAUUGCAGCACAACCUCCUGGCCGUGGCCUCACAGUUCCCCAUGAACAUCAAGAUCUCCAACCGAGAUGACAGACAGGAGGCCGCAUUGAACCUGUCCACCAACGGCAUUAGCAGUAUCAACAUGUCAAUAGAAAUAAAUGGAGUUGUCUACACAGGCGUCCUGUUUGCCCGCCGGCCCACGAUUCCCUCAGCACCUGGUGGAGGGAACACCCAGAGCCGUCUGAACCCCAUGCACGCCCCAAACCCACUGCUCCCAGCCCCCUCACACAGCCACACUCCCAGCAGCACCUCACCAUAGGGGAGAGGCCCCCUUGCUCCCAAAAAGCAGUUUGGCAUCCCCAGGGCCUGGGAAGACGAGCUGUGGGACCCACCUGGGCCACCAAGGUGGGAUGGGGGACCUGAAGGUACCUCUUGCAAUACCGAGCUGUGUCCGUGCAAGGCUGUGGGUACCCAUGUGGUCCCUUCUGUUCCUUACCCGAGCGUGUGGGAUCCCUUCCCCACACGUGCCCUCUGACACAUGCACUGUCCUUCCCAGGCGUUGACUCCAGCUCAGCCACCAUACAGCUCCUGUCUACCCUUCUGCCUGGGGCCCUCCCGGGAUCCUCACACUGCAGCCCCUACACACUGCAGCCCCUACACAUACCUCAGUGCACAUACUGCACCCUCCACACAUACCUCAAUGCACACACUGUGGGCCCUGUACCCACCUCAGUGCACACUCUGCAGCCCCCAGACCCACCUCAGUGCACGCACUGCACCCUCCACAUUGCCACGCUCAAUGCCCAACCUGUAUCUCCUACAUAUUGUCUUUCCUAUACGCAUCUCUAUGCACACUGCAUCCCUUAUACACAGUGUCAGUGCAUCUGCUGCAUCUCAUACACAUCGUGUCCCCUAUACACACCCCCAGUGCACAUCCUUGGUGCCCACAUUUCAUCACCUGAGCA